CUGACAGUGGCAAAGCCACGUUGCCAUGUUUAUGGGAAAACUGCUUUGGUUUCGGGUUUAAAAGAAAAAAGAUACUUGGGUUUGGUUUCAUCUAGGGUUUGGCAAAUGCGUGUGGCUGGGCGGCCGCCUGGAUGCAGGUCCGGGAACGUGCAGCUAGCGGGGCGUUAGGACCCGGAGCGCGUCUCCCGGACCCGGCGAGUCCAGGUCCGGGAGCCGCGGGAGGAGAGGCAUGAAUGAGAGGCUGGAGGGGUUCUCGGCUGAAAGGGCUGGCGGCGGAAUAGCUCUGCCGUCGCCAGGCAACCGUCCUGACGCAACGAAAAAAAAAAAAGUCCCUUAAAAAAAGAAUAGUGCUGAGAAUUCACGGGAGCACGAGAGAGGAGGCAGGAGCCGGCUUAGCCCCCCGAGGCCGGGGCCAGAGGCUGCGGAACGGGAAACCCGCGUCUUGAGGAGGAGGCGGGGACCUCGGUGACACCCCCCGGACGGGGCCUCUAAGCACCCUGCAAGGUCCAGGAAAGGUCCAACCAAGGGCUGCCGUGGCAAGAGGACAACAGAAGCUCAGCCUGGAAUCAAGACCAAUCCAAGCCAGCCCACCCCACUGACAGCACUGUGUGACCACGGCAAGUCUGGCAACUUCUCAGGCGUGGGAACGGAAGCUUCGGGUAACACGCUGAGGUGCGGCACAGGAUGCCGCGGACUGCCCUGCACUGAGAGCUACACUCGGGGGUCUCACCAGCCAGCAGCUUCCCGCUUCUCGCCACCCGCCCUUCCCCACGAGGAGGAGCUGCUUCCCCGCCCAUCUCUGAUCCGCCUGCAUCUCCAGGACUGAUAGAUCUUGGCAAAGCUGCCCCCAAAGAUUCCUGCUAAUGCUUGUCUGUUCCUGCCUUUUGCGAAGCAUGGCGCCCACAGGACUCCAGAAAGAUUUUUAAACCCGAAGCUCUGCAGCUGCUCCGGAAGGCACUCUGUGCAGCUCAUUCCCGGCCCCUCUUGGCUCCGGGAGCUGCCCACAUCCCAGCGAUGCCCUCAGGAGCCUUGGCCCCAGCUGGGUGACAUCAUUCCAGAGCGGGCACCAACCUUGUCUCACCUGCCAGGACUCCCUCAGCACCUCUACCACCUCCCAUGUCUGACGGCCCCUGCAGACUCUAGAAUGUCUGUGCCCCAGAUCCAAGUGGAAGAAGAAGAGGGGCUGGCAGGAGCUGCCCCACCUCCUGAUGACCACCUCCGGAGCCUGAAGGCCCUCACUGAGAAACUGAGGCUGGAGACCCGCAGGCCCUCCUACCUGGAGUGGCAGGCCAGGCUGGAGGAACAGGCAUGGCCCUUCCCGAGGCCAGCUGCUGAGCCGGGGGCAUGCGGGGAGGAAGAGCCCUCCCCACCGAGAGAGCCCAGGAAGCACCCCCCGCCUGAUGACAGUGCCAGCCAGGAUGAUGGGACCCGGCCCACAGGCAAGCUGGAGGGCUUUGAGAACAUCGACGAAGCUAUAGCCUGGCUCAGGAAGGAACUGAUGGAGAUGAGGCUGCAGGACCAGCAGCUAGCCAGACAGCUCAUGCGCCUGCGCAGUGACAUCAACAAGCUGAAGAUCGAGCAGACCUGCGACCUCCACAGAAGGAUGCUCAACGACGCCACCUAUGAGCUGGAGGAGCGCGAUGAGCUGUCAGACCUCUUCUGCGACUCCCCGCUGGCCUCGUCCUUCAGUCUCUCAACACCACUCAAGCUCAUUGGAGUCACCAAGAUGAACAUCAACUCCCGGAGAUUCUCCCUCUGCUGAGAAGCCCUGGAACCAGGCAGAGGAGCCAGAACUGGGGGGUUGGGAGGCAGGGAGGAGGCGUGAUAAGGGGGUUGAGACCAAGUUACCCCAGAGGCAGGACUUCCCUGAGACCGGUGAACCCUGGACCCCCAGGACCUGUCAGCAGGUGAUCUCCCCAGGGCCCCAGUUUCAGAGCUCGACAUCCCCAUGACCAGUUCUCACCUAAUACCCAAAGAGUCCUGCAGAAGGGCCACCCCACCCAGACGUCCAAUGAGACCUGGGUUGCCAGCGUGACACGUCUCAGUACCCCCCUCAGUGACCCAUAUUCUUGUUUCCUGGAAUCACUGGUGCUACGAGAACUGGGAUCCCAAACGGAGGGCCCCAAAGCCGUGAUUCUUGCCAAAGGCUUCCCCACAGGCCCUGAGCCACCAGGGAGAGGUGACUAGAUGUGUCAGAUGUGCCCACCUUGCUGUGGCUGUCCUCUAAGUACUGGCUCGAAUUGACCCUAAAUAGGUGACUCAACAAUCUUGACAGGGACCCACCAGAAAAGGAAAACCAAAAGGAUACAAUGUAAGUUGUAUCCAUCUUGUGCCAGAGUAGUUUGGGUGGAGCAAGCACAGACACCCUCUGUUGCCUGCCUGGCCACAAGCACCAGUCCCAACCUCCAAAGAGUCCCUUUGCCAUCACCCCACCACCCUGGGGGCGUGCCUAGGAGACCACUGGUGACUGACCAGGCAGCUCUGUCAGUGAGUUUCCCGUAACUGAAUUCUCCCCGGGGCCAGCCAAGGCCUCCUGGUGGAUUCUGACAAUGUCACCUGUGUCACCUCCUUGUCCUUCCCAGAAAAACUCGAGGGAGCCCAGACACUUGCCCUGAGCUCUUCCGAGAUUCUGUGCCUAAUUUAAAUGACUAAUUUUAAUUGAAUCAGACUGUUACUAAUCUGUUACUAACCUGUUAAUAACUGUUUGAUUUGUCCAAAUGGCGAAGCCAGAUGGGUAGAUGAAGUACAGAGGUUCAGGAUUUUAUUUUAAAAGGUUCUUCCUAGUGCCAGGCAUGAGGAUCAAGAAGGUGAGAGCUGAAGCCUGAAUGGGUGAGGGAAGUUAGCCUGGGAGAGUGCCACGCGUCAGCGUUCCCUGACAGCUGGCAGUCUCUGACCUUUGAUGUCAUCCGGCCGAGGCCUCUCCUUCACAAAGGAGUACAGUGAGGCCAAGGAAGGAGAGAAUGACUUCCCUCUGGCCACACAGCUCAUUAGUGGCCAUAGAAUAUUGAUGUGUUAAAUCAUUAUUGAUAAUGCCUGGACAGAUCCUAUAGCAAUGAACUUGAACUCCAAAGAUGGUCCUAAAUGCUUUGCCAAACCCUACAAACUGCCAACCUCUACUCUCUGCCUCAUUCAGCCCCACUAGCACCUCCCAUUCUGCAGUUCAGAAUAUUUGGGUCUCACUCAGAGCAAUGUCUGGACAGCAGGCCCACAGAACACACGUUACCAGUCACCCAUAGUCGAGGUAAGCUGUCCUGCUGCUCUGACGUUCCCGUUUCGUCUUCCCAUAUAAUCUCACUGGGGCACACGCGCAUAUGCGCACGCGCACACACACACACACACACACACACCACCCCAGGACCCACACUGGGAAAAGGUUGUUUUUCUUCUAUGGCCUGGGAGUGGAAAAAUGCAAAUGAAUGGUCUCUAGUUCGACAGAAAAGAAGUUGGUCUGUUCCUCGUGAUUUCAAGGAGCUGGAGGGUGUAUGCUUUCUUCAAAGAAGUUUUAGCCAUGUGGCCAAGUUUGCUUUGGCCCAACACUGAGCAGUGACAGAGGUCUGAGGCCCAGUGCACUCAUUUGUGGAGACCUCGGAGGAUGGCCAGCCCCCUCGGGCAGGAAACGAGGGAGAUUUUUUCUACUCAGUGAUUUCUCUGCUUAGGAAUCCGCACAAGCACUGCCUGGGCCCACAGAGGCAUUGCUGCCAGCCUUCUCCCAGACGCGCCCCGAGGUCGUGCGGUAUCAGGAGGGCCUGCGCAUGCUCACCACACCCCCUGUAGACACACGUACACGGGAAAGCUCAUUCCAUACUUGGGGAAAAAAGGCCAACCUGGCUUUGUUUCUUUCUAGAAAUUAGUCAUUGCAGUAACCAAAAAAGUUGGAAUCAACUACAGUUGAAUGAUUUAGUUGAAUUUCAUCAACCCUAUUGAAUUGGAGUCAGCUGGGCAAUUUAGUUGCUCAGUUGUCCUAAUACUUACUUCUCCCCACACCCUUCUUUUUUUUGUUUUAUGAGAGUAAACUGAGUUCAAGGCCCACUUUUUUUUGCAUAGGUGCGAUAUCUCAGCUAUUUUGCUUGGUUCAUCCUCAGAGAACUUUAUUUUGAGAUAAGGAAGAAGGAGAACGAGGAGGAGAACCAGAGAAGAGAGCUGGAGGGGAACAGACAGGUGUGUUUUCCUACUCGCUGUCCAGUGUCUGUUAUUUCUGUUGUUUCCACAGUCAACACAAAUAAUUACCCAAGUCAGUUCAGCCUGUGAAGUCCCCACUUUGUGUGGGUCAAGAGAUGCCAGCUCCCCAGAAAAACCUUAUGGCUUACCACGUGUAUACGAUACUGUCCUCAGUUUUACUCACUGUCGACUGUCUCCCUGCCCUCCCCAAGGACCCCUGGGUGUAAAUCUCAAAGUCUCCAUUGACACUCCCGUGUUCAGCAACAUCUGAUGCCUUCACGGGCCCCGCCGAGGUCACAGAGGCCCGGAGGGCCGGCCCCAGGCCUCCUCCUCGUAGCAAUACCAAGUGCUAUUACACAAUUGAUGGACAAUUGCUAAUUUUAUUUUUUAUGAUUAUUUGUUUCUAUA